AUGAGUUCAAAAGAAGCACAUAGUGAAUCGGAAGAACAUGUUCACAAGAACGAUGGUUCAACAUUAUAUGUAUCAAAUUUAAGCUCAAAAAUAACAACAGCGAAACUUCAAGAUAUUUUUGAAAAAUAUGGAAACAUUGAAAAAUGUUAUGUUAUAAGUAACCCCAUAACCAAAGAAUCUAGAAACUUUGGAUUUGUCACUUUUAAUAAUUCUGAAGAUGCAGAAAAUGCAAUGAAUAAAGCCAAUAAAAUGGAAAUAGAAGGAAGAGAAAUCAACGUAGAAAUUGCUAAGAGAAAUGAGCCACAUGAACCAACCCCAGGAGAAUAUAAAGGAGUACAAAAUAUGGUAAAGAGGAAUGGAUUAAGACACGAUUAUUACGGAAGAAAAUAUGACAGACCUUAUGAUAGGAGAAGAUAUGAUUCACGAAGAGUUAACCCUUAUGGAAGAGAUCGCAUGAGAAAUUUUGGUUAUCGUAAUAAUGGUUAUAGACAUGAUAGAUAUGGUAGGCGUCCACGUAAUGAUUAUAGGAAUUAUGAUAGAAGAUCGAUUGAUAAUAAAUAUUAUAGAAGAAAUGAUUAUUAUAAAAGAAACGCAAGAAGUAGUGAUAAUGAAAGGGGACCAUCAAGAGAUGACAGUAGAAGAAAAAAAAGAUAUGAUAGAGUAAGAAAAUCAACAAGUGUAUCAAAUAGUGAGAGAAGACGUUAUAGAAAUUCACCUGACAGAAGUCCACGUUAUAGAAGAAAAUAA